UAACAGCGAAGGAAUAAACGAAUCUGGAUUACUUGUGCUGAUCUGUUUGAACGCGGGACCCACCAGUCGACCGUUGCUAUGCAGGGCCUAUCGCUCGCCAGCUCAGACAAGGACCCAGCACAUAUCCACGCGGGACCCACCAGUGGACCGUUGCUAUGCAGGGCCCACAGCUCGCCAGCUCAGACAAGGACCCAGCACGUAUCCCCUGUUCCUCCGUUCCCCUGUUUCUUCGCCGUUCUUCCUCCAGCUCCCAGCUCCUCCGUUCCCCUGUUCUUCCUCCCGCUCCUCCCAGCAACGGUCCGUGGCGGCGGCGGCGAGGGAUGUCGAGCUCCGCAUCUGGCUCACAGAGGUCAUGGCCCCGUUACGGAGAAAUCGCGAUGAGUAGAUGCCCCGACUGCCCUCGCGUCGACCUACUGAAGCGGUUGACAUGUGUGCGCUCGGAGAGGGGCAACGUCGGUCGCGAGUUCGUCAAAUGCGAAAGCAAGCCAUACCUGGGCCAGGAUGGAAAGGAAUUGGAUGAAUGCGGCCAUUUCGAGUGGAUGGAUAAGUACAUUCGAACUCGAGGACUUAAAGUUGAAGUGCUGCCCCCCCCAAUCCAGGCUCCCGCAUCUGUUGUGGAGGAGGUGAUCUCAAACAGAGCCGUUCGGGAAGAUUUUGCGGUGAAUGGAGCGCUGAACGGAGAGUUGCAAAAAUUGAACAAACAAUUGAGCGAAAUUGUGCACUUGAAGAAGCAGUCAAACAUGAUGGCAGGAGCAUUCUAUAUGUGUAUCAUUGCCAUUUAUUUGUUGUUUCUAUUCCGUUCGGAUUAGCAAUUUGAAUUUAGGAGUUGUGGA